AUGUCGGAUCAUUCUCCCAUUUCUAAUAAGGAAAAUCAUCUGCUGCCAUCAGACUCGUCAAGAAGCUCAUCCAGCGAUAUGCAUUCGACGGGCACCACGGGAACCACAGGCGUCGAACCUGUAGAUUUCACCGGUGAAGGUGCCAAAUACACAACUGCUACGGAGGGCAAUGGUGGUGCAGAUUUAGCGAUUCAAAGAACGACGACUAUGAAUUCUGCUGCAGAAUCAGAGGUUAAUAUCACGAGAAGAUUAACUAAAAUCCUUACUGGGUCUGUUAACGAGCCUGACCGUGUAGAGGUUGAUUAUACCAAUUGUGCGCCCAUGGGUGGUGACAGACCUUACCCUCCAUCGUUGCCGAGCAGAGACCUGUACGAGGUUACUUUUGAUGGUCCUAACGACCCACUACAUCCAUUUAACUGGCCCAUGAAGAAGAAAGUGCUGCUAUGUCUGGUCUUAUGUCUGGAUUCUAUUGCCAUUGCUAUGUGUUCUUCCAUUUUUGCCUCUGCAGUGCCGCAAAUCUGCGAGAUAUACCACGUCAUCGAAGUUGUCGCCAUUUUGGGUAUCACGCUUUUUGUUCUUGGGUUUGCGGCCUCACCGGUUAUCUAUGCUCCUCUUUCUGAAUUGUACGGUAGAAAGGGUGUUCUGGUUUUAUCUGCGUUUGGAUUUGCCCUUUUCCAAUUUGCUGUCGCUACUGCUGAGAACCUGCAAACUAUUUUCAUAUGUAGAUUCUUUGGUGGUUUUAUCGGGGCAGCACCCAUGGCCGUCGUCCCCGCCGCGUUUGCCGACAUGUUUGAUACUAAUGUUAGAGGUAAAGCCAUUGCGCUAUUUUCUCUAGGUGUUUUUGUAGGCCCCAUUUUAUCGCCUGUCAUGGGUUCUUAUAUCGCACAAAGAACUACCUGGAGAUGGUUAGAAUAUGUUGUCGGUUGUUUCGCUUCCGCAGUUUUCGUUGCCAUCGUAUUGUUCUUUGAAGAAACACAUCACCCUACCAUUUUGGUUAACAAGGCCAAACAGAUGAGAAAGCAAAGUAAUAACUGGGGUAUUCAUGCUGCUCAUGAAGACGUGGAGCUAUCCAUCAAAGACAUUGUCCAAAAAACUGUGACGAGGCCUAUCAUUAUGCUUUUCGUGGAACCAUUGCUACUAUUCGUGACUAUUUACAACUCUUUUGUCUACGGUAUCUUGUAUUUGUUACUGGAAGCCUACCCACUUGUCUUUGUGGAGGGUUAUGGGUUUACUGAAAACGGUGAGUUGCCAUACAUCGCCUUGAUUAUCGGUAUGAUGGUGUGUGCUGCUUUCAUUUGGUAUAUGGACAACGAUUAUUUGAAAAGAUGUAGAGCCAAGGGGAAAUUAGUGCCCGAGGCCAGAUUGUACGCAAUGGUCAUUGCAGGUACCGUUUUCCCUAUUGGUAUCUUAUGGUUCUGUUGGACGGGCUACUAUCCUCACAAGAUUCAUUGGAUGGUCCCCACAGUAGGAGGGGCCUUCAUCGGGUUCGGUUUAAUGGGUAUUUUCUUGCCAUGUUUAAACUAUAUCAUUGAAUCGUAUCUAUUGUUGGCAGCUUCUGCCGUCGCAGCAAACACUUUCAUGAGGUCUGCAUUUGGUGCAUGCUUCCCAUUGUUUGCAGGAUAUAUGUUCCGUGGCAUGGGUAUCGGUUGGGCUGGUUUGUUAUUAGGUCUAUUUGCCGCUGCGAUGAUUCCCGUGCCUUUACUAUUCUUAAAAUAUGGUGAAUCUAUCAGAAAGAAAUCCAAGUAUGCUUACGCCGCUUAA